AUGCGCUCUCCUCCGAUCCUCCUUCUCCUUCUCUUCACUUUCUUGUUUUGCUCUGCCUUCCAGCAGAUUGAAGUGCCUGGAGACCGUCGAAAUCCUAAUAUCCACGUGCAAGCCGCGCGGAACUUCCAGGCGAUGCUCAACCGAGCAACUUUCCAGGGACCGGCAGCCAUCGGCGCCCUCACCACCGACCAAUUCGCCUACUUCCGAUGCAUAGACGGUCCCGGAAGACGGUUCCAGGAGAUUAAGACUAAAGGCGAGAAAGAAAGUUGACGGAAGAAGUGGGAACAUUGAUUUGCAGCGGACUUCAUGCGCGAGCUGUUCGCGUGGUCCAAUUCCGGAACGAUUACUAGAGUGAUCCCGUACGGAGGCGGAAUGACGGUGUACGAGGUAGCUGUGGGCCUGAAGCAAUUCGAGUACACGAUCAGUCAUCGGCAGAUGAAGUUGCAAGUGGCCAAAGAGAAAGGAUGCUAA